UUCUUCCUCUCUCCCUCCAUAGUGCUUCAACCAGAAGGCAGCGGCGGAGGCUGCAAGCACUUCCCAGUGUCACCUAAGGGGCGACACACAUCCGCUGUGCGGAGGCAACUGCGACGUGACGAACUUCCGCUAAGGGUCGAAUGCUAGGUUGUGACACGCUUCCGCCCGUAAGGUGAUGGUCAAAGGGAUUACUUCCGGAAUGGACCUCGCGACACCCUGUAGCCGAGUUAACAGCCAGUAGGCGACCAGGAAAGACCUCGGGUCUGGGACGCAGGCACCAAUCAUGUGACCCUCAGAGGUAGGGUGGGGUUAGGAGUUCUUGCUCAAAAUCACGCCUCUUCCCGCGAUUACUAGGCUAAGUGUUCGCGCCCCGGGCGAGGGGGCGAGGCAACAGUCGUGGCGGGAUCGGGUGCUCAAUCUCUCACCUCGCCUCGGCUCUUUCGAGAAUUUCCUUGGGGCAGGAGGAGACGAUAAAAUGGAACAAGCAGAGAAAAAAAGUGACUAGGUGAGACCGUCAGAAACUGAAAAGAGCAAUAAAAGCGAGUGGCCCUAUCAUAUCUCGAAGCAUAAAGCAACCAGAAGGCUCUUAAAUUGUUAGCAAUGUAAAGUAGUUAUAGUCUGUUUGAAAAGCCACUUUGCGGUCUGUAUCCAAAGCCAUGAAAAUAUUCCUAUGCUUUAUCACAGUGAUCCAAUGUAAAGGAAGAAAGUGAAAUUAAUUGCCGGCAUUAAUUUAGUGAUUACCAUGUGCCCGGCACAAUACUUGAUCUUAAAUGAGUUUGAGUCUCGUUUAAUUUUUUGGCACAACACCUGGAGAUGGUAAUAUUUUAAUCCCUGUUUUAAAAACGGGUGGUGCUCCUGGGAAGCUUCCACCAGCACCAUUCACAAGCAAAAUUUGUAAGUUCCUCUCCUGUUUUCUGCCCUCUGCCAAGAUGUGUCAGUGCUUCAACACUGGAUAGUUGUUUAAUUCUGGCUAAGAUACUUAACAUUUCAGUGCCGCUUCUGGAUCACUGGUGACGCAGCGGUUAAGCGCUCGGCCUUAACCAAAAGGCCAGUAAUUCAAGUAUACCAGCCGCGCCUCAGAAAUCCUAAGGGGCAGCUCUACUCUGUCCUGUAGGCUCGCUGUGAGUCGGAAUGACUCCAUGGCAACGGGUUGUAGUGAUGCCUUUUCUAUAAAAUGGAAAUGAUAAUAAUAGUACCUACGUCUUAGGAUGUGAGAAGAAUUAAAUGAAGAUUUAACGUGUUAAAAAGCACUUGUAAUGAUACCUGGCACACAGAAAAAUUCAGUAGAUGUGAUUAUUAUUAUUGUAGUAUUUACUAUACUGUAUUGACAUUAUUUGAGAGAAGGAUCAUGCCACGUUCGUUUGCAUCCAGCACUAUCUGGUACAGGCCUGGCCCUCCUACAUAGUCAAAUAUAUGUCAAAUAAAUGCUCACGACACCCUACAAUAAAGAAACUGACAGUGGGGGAUAUUAAGUAGUUUGCGCUAUCCGUUGUUAUUUCCAUACUGGCAAACUGACUCUUGUACUCUUGCUUUUACAAUAAUUUGGGUUUUGUCAUUUCUCUACUUGGCUGCUCUUACUCAGCCUGUUUAAUUCUAAUUCAUUCUCAGAAGUAUUUUCUUCCAUUUUAGACCCUACACACACACCAUAUGCUGCUUUCAAUUAGUAUUAACUCCAUUUUACAAAAACCAAACCCAGUGCCGUCGAGUCGAUUCCAACUCAUAGCGACCCUGUAGGACAGAGUAGAACUGCCCCAUAGGGUUUCCAAGGAGCGCCUGGCGGAUUUGAAUUGCCGACCCUUUGGUUAGCAGCCAUAGCACUUAACCACUAUACCACCAGGGUUCCCGUUUUACGUCAGAAAAAUUGAAGUUCAGGAAGAUUUAAAUUACUUAAUUCGGGUUGUAAUAUAAAAAAGCUUAUGAUUUUAAGCCUCCUCCAUCACAGGCAUUUUUCUUUUUAAUAAAAUAAACACUUUUUCACUUGUGUAGUCAUGUAUGUUGUCUUUUAAACAAUCAAAACUAUCCCUCUCAGAUCCCUCUUGCUUAAUUUUCUGACCUGUGUUUGGUUCUCCACCUAAUCUCUUGGAUUGAUGACUCCAUUUUGAAUGUGCCGCUCUUCCAAGAAAAAAUGUGCUGGUAUCUCUCAGGCAUCAGGCAAUGUGGCUGCUAAUCAGUGGCUACCCAGCCUUACAGAAGAGGGGACCUAUACAAAUCAGAGAAAGCAAGUGUUUUCUGACUGAAGAUAUAUUUAUUUGAAAGUAGGAAGCAGUGGUAGCAUAAUUUCUAAGGAGAUGGGUUUUUUGAGUCAGGCCUGGAUUCAAAUCUCAGCUCUUUGAACUAGUUGUAUGAUCUUAAAUGUCAUCUUUGCAUAUUAACAGAACACCAUGGCACGUAGUAGUUGGUGUUCGAUACGUGUUUAUAUCAAAUGAAUAUUAGGCUUCAAAUCAAUUUGCCCUAUAAGAAGAAUUAAACCAAAAAAACCCAGUGCUGUUGAGUCAAUUCCAACUCAUAGCGACCCUAUAGGACAGAGUAGAACUGCUUCAUAGAGUUUCCAAAGAGCGCCUGGCGGAUUCGGACUGCCGACCCUUUGGUUAGGAGCCGUAGCACUUCACCACUACGCCACCAGGGUCUCCAAAAGAACAAUUAAGCCAGAGGAAUGUUCCUCUUUAAAAAAAUAUUAAGACUCUGUUUCCUGGAAAUCAUACCUACAGGGCUACUCUUCUACUUACUGGGCUAAUUUGCUCUGGAUAUAGGAUUAUACCAUAUUUUGUAGUUCUCAUUUUCGACUGUGCUUAUAAAUGCCAACUUUUUCAGUCAUGCCAAACAUUACCGUUUACAACUGUUAAAAUAGUUUAUUGCCAACAUUCCUGUAGUCUCCAACUUAAAAUAGGAAGAGAUGGUGUGCCACUACACAGCUCUUUCCAACUCCACUUUUGAUGAGGUCAGCCGUGGUAUUUGUGUGAGUAAAUGAUUAACAACCAGCUGUCCAGAAUAUGUGUAUGUAUGUGUAUAUAAGUUGUAAAUUUUACUGACAUAAAGGAUGUAUAGCACACAAUGUAUUUAAAAUAAUAAUAAGAAAUACAAUAUUCUUCAUUGUAAAUUUCUUAUAGCCAACUGAUUGUCACAAAAUACAUUCACUGACUUUUGCCAAACUCUUAAAUCAGUAGCCAACCUGUGGUUGCAAUUGCCAGAGUGUAGCUUUGAAUGUUGGUUGAUAUUUUCACUUGAAUUAAUCAUGAGAUCAAAGUGAAACAAUGAAAAUUUAUAUCAGAACUUCACUCAUUUGUGAGUGACUUGAGAAACUUAUUUGAAUUAGAUAAUGGUUUUUGAAUACUGAAAGAAUUUUGCUUGAUUUUUUUUUCGCUGUUGACAAUGUAAUGAUUAUAGAUAUGACAUACUUUUAAAUUUAAUCUGCAGUAUUAACAUUUUCUCUAUCACUUAAGCCUAGACAAUGGCAGUCAACAGAACAAAUCGAGCUCUUGUUUAUAGCAUUUGCCAAUUUCUGUGGUGUAAAUUCUACUGUGGCUGAUUUCAAGCUAUCAAUGUGACAUCACUGAUCAUGGAGUUGGGAAGACAUGUGCAUACCAUUAUUUAGUAUUUCCUUCAUACGGGCACAAAAGAUGUAAAUAACCUCAUGAGCAUAGAAAAUAGUAAAAUAUAGUGUAAUAAUUAGGGCAAGAUGAGUUAGGAAUAUUUUUCACCUUCGUUUUUAGUAUAGCUUAUUCAGUUGUAGGAAAUAAUAUACUUUAAUUUUUAAUUAUAGCUUAUUAUUUAACAACCAGCUCACAAAAUUCUUGAAAAUUUAACAAGCCACUCUCACACACAGUAUGAGCACGUUCGAGUAUACCGCUGCUUGAAAUAAUUUAAAGACUCAUUGGAAGUAUCAGAUUCAGAUUUAAAUGAUGCUUGUUAAGCGCUUCUUAUGUGAUGAACGUGGUGCUAAGAAUCUUUGUGUAUAUCUGUAUCAUGUAAUUCUCAUAACUGUAUGAGAUACGUAUAUCAUUGCUCUUUUUUAAAAUAAAAAGCAGGCUUAGCUAAUCUAUUGAAAGUCAGAUAUCUAGAAGUGGCAAAGCUAAGAUUUGAGCCCAAGUCAGUGCUCUUUCUGCUUACCACCUUCUGAAGCUUAAGGUGUAAAUAAGACUAAGGCAGAAAAAGGAUUCUGGCGCUUGAUUCCUCUUUUUUCCUCAAGUUGUUUAGCCCGCUUCCACAUGAGCUCCACUGUGAACCCAUAAAUCCUGUGCCUCAUUAGACAAAGGGAGUGUCAGUCAUACUAAUUCUUUAGGACAUUACCAUGGUUACUAAACAGAGUCCAGUGCUCCAGCCUGAACAUUCCGGAAGAGGACAAGGCAGAGCUGAGAUGGCUUUCUUCAACUUAUAUCUAUUGGGAUAUCAAAAUUCUUUUCGGAACAAAAAAAAGGACAAAACUGAAGAAACAAAGCAGAAGGAACCAGAGCCCACUAGGCUUCCCCCCAUUAUCUCAGAAGAUGGAAAUUAUUCCGUGCACCAGAAUAGCCACCUAAGAUACCAUGAAGCUGUACGCAAGGUGUCGUUAAAGACAUUCCCCAAUCAGGUCUUCAGAGUCCCUCUGACUGAUGCCCAGAACUUCAGCUUCUGGUGGUCCCAUGGUCCAGGAGAGCGCCCAGAGGAAACCAUGCCAUGGAUCCGGAACCCCCGCCACUGUCUAAUUAAAAGCCCAAUGACCAGGUUAGGCUGGGAAAGGUUGGGGUGGGAAGACCAAGGGAAAUACUACCUCCCCUCACUUAAUCCUUAGAGAUGGUUUCAUCUUUGCUCAGAGUUAGGGAACAGAAGAGGUUUAGUCAUUACCAGGAAAAGCUGGAACCAGAAUCUGGGCCAUGGUGACACUCUCAGGAGUUAAACACUUACCUGUCUUUGUGUGUCCUGUG